GUCCAUAUCUGGGCAGUCAAACCCGAGCCAAAAUUGCGAUGGACUUGUAAGAGUAAGAGCAGCUUUUUUUGUUGGUCUGGAUUAAAAAAAGUCGUCGCCGGAGAAAAGAGGCACAUAAAAUAAAAACCAACCAACCCCAUUUAACCCAAAUCAAACCAAGCAACCAUCUAUUAUUUUCACGUUCUCUCUUUCCAUUCACUCAUUCAUUCAAUUCAUGAAUUGUCAGCGGCGUUGUUAUUUCUUUGUUCCCUAAUAUUACAUAAAUAAUAAUAUACUCAAUUUAAUAUCAAUAGACAAUAAUAGUGUUUUUUUUAAUAAUAUAAGAAGAAACUGGAAAAAAAAAAAAAAACCCAAUGACCAAAAUCCCUUUUUAUUCUUUACUUUAACUUGGUAGCAGUUGUAGUAGAUUACAGACUGCUGUCAAUUCUCAUCAAUUACUACUCACCACCAUAGAGAGAGAUGACAGUGUUUUAUCGCUGCAGCUAAUGCUUCUGCUUCUUCUUCUUCUUCUUCUGCAGUUUUUCUUCUUCUUUUUUUUUUUGGGUUGAGCAGUGAGCAUUAGCAAACAACCUUCUUGAAUCUUGACCCAAACAAAGCUUCAAUCUUUUUCUUUUCUUUUUUUCGCUUCAUACAACUAGAAAGUAAAAUCCUGCCCACCAUUUCUUUCUCUCGCUCUCUCUCUCUCUCCUUUUUGUUUUUUUUUUUUUUUUUUCCCGUUUUGUCAACUGAAGAAACUGGUAGAGAACCAGAAGAGAAAGAGGAGCACAGGAAAGGGGGGAACAAAGGAAAGAGAUUUCAAGAAAGGGAAAAAAAGAAAAACAAAGGAAAACCCCUUUAAUUUUUUCGUAACGAGAAUCAAAUCAAAAGGUAAUAAUAAGUCGUCUUCUUCUUUUCUUUGUUUAGUCUUUUGUGUUUCUCACCUUAUGUUUGUUUUUUUGGGUUUGUGCCUCUUCCUUGUGGCCGUGGAACACAAAAAGAGCAAAAAAAAAAAAAUGUAUAUUCUGCUUCUGCCGCUUUUGAAUCAAGAAUCCAUUUAUUUUCUGUAUGUAUAAUUGAGCAGUGCUUUAUUCAGGGGCGCAGGGUUUUUUAUAUGUUGUUUCCUACGAAUGUGAGGUUUCUUUUGGAGUUCAAUGAAGGUUAAGUGGAGAUGGUGGAUCGCCGGAGCAAAGUGGUUUUGUUGUGCUUUGUGUAUUUGUCCUUACUUUUCAACUUUUCAUUAGAGCAAACGCAGCAUUUGUUGAAUUCUCGGGUUGAGCGGUUGGCGUUACUAAGGUUGAGAUCUUCUUUGGGUUUGAGGGCCAAAGAAUGGCCUAUCAAGUCUGACCCUUGUACACUCUGGGCUGGUAUUCAAUGCCAGAAUGGCCGUGUUGUUGGGAUCAACAUUUCUGGGUUUAAGCGUACCCGAAUUGGUGGUGAAAACCCUCAGUUUUCAGUGGAUGCUCUUCAGAAUUUUACCUUAUUGGCUUCAUUUAAUGCCUCUAAUUUCGCACUCCCGGGUUCAAUUCCUGAGUGGUUUGGCACAGGGCUCCCUUCUCUUCAGGUGCUUGAUCUCAGGUCCUGUUCAAUUUUCGGUACUAUUCCUUCAACUCUGGGCAAUUUGACUAACUUACGGAGUUUGUACUUGUCUCAUAAUGGUCUUACUGGCAUAGUUCCAUCAAGUUUGGGUCAGUUGUUGAAUCUCCAGAUUCUUGAUCUUUCCAAGAAUUCCUUAACUGGGACCAUUCCCGUGUCAUUUGUUGGUCUCGGUAAUCUUACUUUGCUGGAUAUGUCUGUGAAUUACUUGACUGGGGGCAUCCCUUCUGGAAUUGGAAGUUUAUCUAGAUUGCAAUCGUUGAAUAUUUCUGGGAAUAGUUUGUCUUCUUCAAUACCGGCUCAACUCGGUGAUCUAUCUAAUCUGGUUGACCUUGAUCUCGGAUCCAAUUCUCUAGCUGGGCCAGUGCCUUCCGACCUGAGAGGUUUGAGGAAUUUGCAGAGAUUUCUCAUUGGGAAGAAUUCGCUCUCGGAGUCAUUGCCGGCAAAUUUGUUUCCUCCUUUGAACAAGUUGCAGGUUGUGAAUCUGAGUCAUAAUGCUUUUACAGGCGAGCUUCCUGCUGUAUUGUGGUCAUUGUCUCAAUUACAAUCCCUAGAUGUCUCUGGAAAUAACUUCACCGGUACACUGCCUACUGUUAGUUUGAAUGCUAAUGCUUCAACUGCUGCGUUAAACAUAUCUGAUAAUAUGUUUUAUGGAGGUAUCAGUUCUGUGAUUAGACGGUUUAGUUUUGCUGAUAUGUCUGGGAAUUACUUUCAAGGUCAGGUUCCAGAUUAUGCCCAAAACAAGGUUCAAGUUGUUGAGAAUUGUCUACAAAAUGUUACUAAUCAGAGGAGUGGGGGAGAAUGCUCGUCAUUCUAUGCAGGGAAGGGUUUAACAUUUGAUAAUUUUGGGUUGACAAAUACCACUCAGUCUCCUCCUUCUCAGAAGAAGAGCCGGAGGACUAAAAUCAUAUUGGCCGCUGUACUGGGAGGUGUUGUGGCUAUUCUGCUUUUGGUGGUUCUGAUCGUGCUCCUGAUGGUAUGCACCCGCAAGAGGGGGUCAACCAAUCAAAGAGGCAUCGGUGUGGGACCUGCUCCUCCAGGUGCAAGCCCUCCAUCACCUGGAAUGCCAUUAAACCUUUCCAGUCUAGGAGAUGCAUUUACAUAUGAGCAGAUACUGCUUGCCACAGGUGAAUUUGGUGAUGAAAAUCUCAUCAAACAUGGUCACUCAGGUGAUCUUUUCCGAGGCCUUCUGGAAGGAGGAAUUCCUGUGGUUGUAAAAAAAAUGGAUUUGCAGUCUGUCAAGAAAGAAACAUGCAUGUUGGAACUUGACUUCUUCAGCAAGGUUUCUCAUCCCAGAAUAGUACCUCUUCUGGGGCAUUGCUUGGAGAAUGAGAAUGAGAAAUUUCUGGUUUACAAAUUCAUGCCUAAUGGGGACUUGUCAAGUUCUUUAUUUAGAAAAACUGAUUCGGAUGAUGACAGUUUGCAGUCACUUGAUUGGAUAACUAGACUAAAAAUUGCGAUUGGAGCAGCAGAAGCUCUGUCUUAUCUGCAUCAUGAAUGUUCCCCACCCUUUGUUCACAGAGAUGUGCAAGCUAGUAGCAUUCUCCUUGAUGAUAAAUUUGAAGUGCGGUUAGGGAGCUUAACCGAGGUCUGUGCUCAAGAAGGGGAUGGUCAUCAAAACAGAAUCAGCAGAUUGCUGCGCUUGCAACAGACAUCUGAACCCAGCACCUCUGGUACUGCCAAUGCUACAUGUGCCUAUGAUGUGUAUUGCUUUGGAAAGGUUUUGCUUGAGCUUGUCACAGGCAAGCUUGGUAUCAGUGCAUCCAACGAUGCUUCAUCAAAAGAUUGGUUGGAGCAGACGCUACCUUACAUCAAUAUAUAUGACAAGGACGGAGUAACGAAAAUUAUAGACCCAUCUUUAAUAAUAGAUGAAGAUCUACUAGAAGAAGUAUGGGCAAUGGCAGUUGUUGCUAAGUCUUGCCUUAACCCCAAGCCUGCAAGACGUCCCCUCAUGAGAUAUAUACUUAAAGCACUGGAAAAUCCUCUAAAAGUUGUAAGGGAGGAGCACACUAGCUCAGCAAGGCUUCGGGCAACUUCUUCUAGAAGCUCAUGGAAUGCUGCUCUAUUUGGCAGCUGGCGAAGCUCAUCAGAUGUAGCAAAUGUACCAGUGGCACCUGCUAACAAAUUGGAAGGCGGCAGUAGCUUUAAACAGUCGGGAACGACGGGUUCUCAGGGAAGUGGUCAUAAUGGUGACGGGGCUCAUUCAUCCUCAACCCGGCGGCACUCCAAGGAGAUCUUUCCUGAACCAAUGGAAGAAUUGCCAGAUGUAAACAGACCCAUUGAGGAUUAGGACAGGUGAAUUUUGAUAUAUUCUUUGUUAAUAAUAGAGGGAGGCUCUUCAUUUGAUGAGUCCCUUGCUUCUCAGUACAGCUGAACAUUCCUCCUCCAAGUGGGGGUUCUAGGGCGCUGUCAAGCCAGUUUCUUCUAAACUUGGGGGUUUUGAAAUGAUGUACAGCUUCAUUAGAGGUGAGUGGAUGGUGAGAUUUAAGGGAGUUGGCUUGUUUAUUAGCAGGAAAGCAAUACCAAAAUUGCAAGGGUUUUGACUUUGAAAAGUUUUACUGGAGAGCGAGAGAGAUAGUGAGAGACAUACAGAGAAAGUUUAGCCCAGAAAAGAAAAAAAAAAGAAAAUUCUUCUUCUUCCAUUUGUUUUGAGCUUGUUUUUGUGGUGGAAACAAGCUACAUUCUUUCUGUAAUUGGUCUUCUUCUUGAUUAGUCUUCUUGUGGAAUGUAAAUGAAAAAGGCUCCACCUCCUUCCAAAAGAUGGAAGGUGUCAAAAGGCAUUAUUUUCUUCGUUAUCAUUUUUAGUAAUAUUUUUGGAAUCGAUUGUUCGUUUGUAUCUUUCCUUUGAGUCCAGAAGAGUUGCUACAUUGAUAGAGA